CACAUGCAAGAAUACAUAGUGGAGGGAAAUUAAAAGAGCUAAAAAUGAAGAGAAAUGAGAGAGUUAUGAAGUGGUUAAAUGGUGCAAAGCCAUAUUUGGGAGUGUUGUUCUUGCAGCUCAGCAACGUAGGCUCCGCCAUCAUUUCAAAAGUUGCCCUAAACCAAGGGAUGAACCCUUUCACUUUCUCCGUCUACCGGAAUGUCAUUGCAACCGCUUUUUUCAUUCCUUUCGCCAUGCUUUUUGAAAGGGAAACAAGGCCUACAAUGACCACCUCCAUCUUCUUCAAGAUAAUGCUGCUUGCCUUAUUAGAGCCUGUUCUCACCCUGAAUUUAUAUUACUUAGGAAUGAGAUACUCAACAGCAACGUUUACAGUGACAAUGAUAAACCUUGUUCCGGCCGUAACAUUUUUGUUAGCUUGGAUCUUUAGGCUUGAGAACGUGAAAAUAAAGAGAUUGCAUAGCCAGGCAAAGAUUAUUGGGACAACAUCAACAAUUGGUGGGGCCAUGAUUAUGACGCUGGUUAAGGGACCCACCAUAGUAUUACCUUGGACUAAACACUCAAACGGCAUCGUAUCUUAUUCCACUCAACACGUUGUGAAUCAGCAUAAUGAUCCCAUUAAGGCUGCGCUCUUGCUCACAGCAAGUUGCUGCUGCGCAGCCACUUUCGCAAUUAUUCAGGCAAUUACGCUAAAGUCAUAUCCUGCCGGACUCUCUCUCACUGCUAUGAUAUGCAUGGCAGGGGCACUGCAAGGCACUAUAUUCACCUUAAUACUCGAGAGAGGAAACGCUUCCAUCUGGUCCUUACACUGGGACAUCACGCUCUUAACCUAUGUUUAUCACGGGUUAGUGAGGUCUGGGGCUGUGUAUUACAUAUCAGGGGUAAUAAUGAAGGAAAAAGGACCCGUUUUCGUCACUGCAUUCAAUCCCCUAUGCAUGGUUAUAGUCGCCAUCAUUGGUUCCUUUGUGCUUUCUGAGAAAUUAUACCUGGGAAGGGUUUUGGGAGCAGUGGUUAUUUUUAUUGGCUUGUACCUGGUUAUAUGGGGUAAAUCCAAGGAUCAAACUUUACCAAAUAAUGAUCAAAAUGAUGCACUUCCAAUUGAUCAUAAGCACCCACAAGUUCAAGGCCUCAACAAGGAUAUUAUAGUGGUUUGAAUUGAAAGAGCUGCUCAUGUUACAUCCAGAUUGAUGUGUAACUUUUAGUUAAGGUGUUGUUCUUUAUAGUAGCUUAGUUAAUAGAAA